AAUAUUCAUAUUUUAUUUUCAUAAUAACUUAUUACUUGAAAGAACAACUAAUUGAAUAUGGUUAGUUGUGCAUCUUGUGGUUGCUCCAGGACACCAACACAAAAUGAUUCUGGUGUAACAUUUCAUGUCUUUCCUAAAGAUGAAAAAAGGAGAAAACAAUGGAUUCGGUUUGUGAAUAGGCCUGAAUUUAUUCCAAAAACUCGUAGUUCCUUAUGUUCCCAUCAUUUUGCUGAGGACUGCUUUGAUCGGACAUCCAAUCUUAAUGUGAGACUACACCCAGAUGCCAUUCCUACCAUUGAAGUAGACCGUUUAAAAUAUUGAACAACCUAUUUUUUCCUGUAAAGCACACGUAUUCCACAUAGAUCCUAAAACAAAGCGCUCAUGGAUGCCAGCGUCUAGUACAGCAGUUAGUGUAUCCUUUUUUUAUGAUAAUUCCAGAAGCUUGUAUAGGAUAAUAAGUGUAGAAGGCCAAAAAGCAGUGAUAAAUAGCACAGUUACUCCAAAUAUGACUUUUACAAAAACAUCACAAAAGUUUGGCCAAUGGUCAGACAUCAGAGCGAAUACAGUAUAUGGUCUGGGAUUUUCUUCUGAGAUUGAACUGCAGAAGUUUAUUGAUAAGUUUAAUGAAGUGAAAGAGGCAACUAGAAAUGCAAUAAGUAAAGUUACACUGAAUGGUGCCAAUGUUGUUACUCCUGUUUCAAGUGCCAACGCUAGCCCAAUAACAACCAGAACAACUGCCACAGAAUCUCCUGACAACUUAUUGGAACCUCCAGGUAGUGCCCAGCUCCAACAGUGCCAAAAUAAAGAUGAUGAAAUACCUCAACCCCGCAGCCAUUCAGUCUCUGGGCUGCAAGUUAGUGAUAGUCCUAGUCAUCAAGUCAUACAAGAAAAGCCUCUUACGGAUAUGCAGCUGAAAUAUGAUAACGAUAGGUUGAAGCUUGCUUUGGCACAGAGUUCGGCCAACGCAAAAAAAUGGGAAGUCGAAUUAGCAACAUUGAAAAGCAAUAAUGCACGUCUAACGAGCGCCCUUCAAGAAAGCACAGCUAAUGUCGACGAGUGGAAAAGACAGCUGGCUAGUCUCAAGGAAGAAAAUAUGCGAAUGCGGUCUAAAUAUCAAGCGGAUCUUGAAAAUAGUCAAGGAGGAGGUGAUAUUGCGGAUGAGCUAAGGAAAGAAAUACAUUCCUUGAGAAUGAGAGUUGAGCAGCUGGAAAACGAACUGGACUGUAAAAAUAAUGAGAUAAGACAACAUAAUUCUUCACAGAAAUCGAAUGAAUACCAUAUGUUACAAAAGGAACACCAAGAACUUCUCUUAACCGCCAAAUUAGCACAAACAGAACUCGAUGUAGCAUUAGGAGCUCAUGAAUCUCAAAAGCAAGUGCUUCAAACCCUCAACGAACAACUAGCAUCGCGCAUACAAGAAUUAGUUACUAUUCACGAGGAAAUUACAACCGCUUUACAAACUUGAAGAUAUAUAGCAAUUGUUGAAAGUUAUUAGGUUUGAUGCGUUCUAAUUAUAUAAAUCUUAUCAAUUGCAGUGUAUCGGUUAUAAUGCGAUUAAUGUUCAUUUUGCGAUAGAUUAUUGAACUGGUUGCAUACAUUCAACUAUAAUGUUUAGGGAUGUACCUGAAAAUACAGUUGGAAAAAAAAUUAUUCGAAGAUAUGUGUAUAUCAUUACCUAAAAUGGAUAUUAACUCAAUCAAUUAAGUGAUAUGACAAAAAUGAAGCUAUGUUAUUCCGUACAACAUACUACGAAAUAAAGCAUGAGACAAGUCAGCCUCGAAUUUUUCUGAUUAUGUAUAUAUAUAUAUUUUUUUUGCUUAUUUAUUUAUCAGAAUAGGGUAAGGUUAGGCAUAACCCGUUUUACAUGGACUAUGUCCUCUAUGUAUCGAAAAAAUUGUGUAAUUUUUGAUUUAUUAUUUAAUAUACUGAACUCAAUUAUAUGGAGAACCUCCAGUUCAUGAGUUGAAUGCUCA